AUGUGUGUUGACCAGGCUGCCACAGUCCAGGUGGGACCAGGUCACAUGACCGGGGCUGAUGGAGGAAGUCCAACGAAGCUGGAGCUCCUUCUUCAUCAGGGCUGGCACAGAGACGGGCGUGGCCUCAGUGCACGAGUGGCUGGUGUAAAAAGGGGCGUGCUGGGUCAUCGUGACAGGACGGAGGGCUUCCACUGCCCCACUGGAAGUUUGGAGAUCAUGAGUGGUAUAGCGACAGGUCAAAGUAAAGACCCCCCGGGGAGAAGUCCGUAG